CACAGCUAGUACCAAAAAAAAUUAAUUAGCCAUCAAAACCCCUUCCCCCGAACAAAAAACAAUAAUGGAUACCGCGAAAUUAUUCAGCAUUUUGUUGAUUUGUGCCACUUUGAUGUUCGUCUGCGAUGCACAGCUGACCUUCACGCCGGCUUGGGGAAAGCGCUCGCAAGGCGCCUUGGGAAUCAAUCCUCUUGGAAGCACAUAUGGACAGGAUGCGUGCAAAACACCGGUCGACUCACUGCUCGUCAUCUACCGCAUGAUUCAAGCCGAGGCUCAGAAGAUUGUCGACUGCAGCCAAAAGUAGACCUUUGAGUAAUGGGUUAGUUCCGGAAGCACCGCAUCCCGUAUUCCUUUAGCCUGUCCCUAUUCGCCGACGCAUGUUUUGUCCGACCGGGCAAUGCAUCUUUUUCCCUCUCUCUUCAGCUGAUAGGAUACAGAUUUUCCACACCACUAGCUUCAGGCAUGUUUGGUCAAGUGCUUACCUUGCGAAUGCGCCUUGUCCAAAGGACUUCACCAUCAGUUCGGCCUUCGUGGUUACGAUUGUAAAUAUCUCGUGCUGCUAUCAUCGACGGAAGGAUUCAAUGUAACGAAAACGAAAAUAAAUAAAAUGGCAUA